GGACUCUGUUUAAAGAAGAUCCGCCUCUGGGGUUUUAUAUUGCUCUGGUAUUUAUGCCAAAGACACACCAGCCCUCAGUCACUGGGAGAAGGAGGACCUCUCAUACACUCGGUGCUCCAGCCCCUGUUUCACUCGGCCACACUCACCAUGUGUGAAGAGGAGACCACUGCACUCGUGUGUGACAAUGGCUCUGGCCUGUGCAAGGCUGGCUUUGCAGGGGAUGACGCCCCCCGGGCUGUCUUUCCUUCCAUCGUGGGUCGCCCUCGCCACCAGGGUGUAAUGGUGGGAAUGGGCCAGAAAGACAGCUACGUGGGGGAUGAGGCUCAGAGCAAGCGAGGGAUCCUAACUCUCAAAUACCCCAUUGAACACGGCAUCAUCACCAACUGGGAUGACAUGGAGAAGAUCUGGCACCACUCCUUCUACAAUGAGCUGCGGGUAGCACCUGAGGAGCACCCCACCCUGCUCACUGAGGCCCCUCUAAAUCCCAAGGCCAACAGGGAGAAGAUGACCCAGAUCAUGUUUGAAACCUUCAAUGUCCCUGCCAUGUACGUCGCCAUUCAAGCUGUGCUCUCCCUCUAUGCUUCUGGCCGCACGACGGGCAUCGUCCUGGAUUCAGGGGACGGCGUCACCCACAAUGUCCCUAUCUACGAGGGCUACGCACUGCCCCAUGCCAUCAUGCGCCUUGAUCUGGCUGGCCGCGACCUCACGGACUACCUCAUGAAGAUCCUCACAGAGCGAGGCUAUUCCUUUGUGACCACAGCCGAGCGAGAAAUCGUGCGAGACAUCAAGGAGAAGCUGUGCUAUGUGGCCCUGGACUUUGAGAAUGAGAUGGCCACAGCAGCUUCCUCUUCCUCCCUGGAGAAGAGCUAUGAGCUGCCAGACGGGCAGGUCAUCACCAUUGGCAAUGAGCGCUUCCGCUGCCCCGAGACCCUCUUCCAACCCUCCUUCAUUGGCAUGGAGUCAGCUGGAAUUCAUGAAACAACCUACAAUUCCAUCAUGAAGUGUGACAUUGACAUCCGCAAGGAUUUAUACGCCAACAAUGUCCUCUCUGGGGGUACCACCAUGUACCCUGGCAUUGCUGAUAGGAUGCAGAAGGAGAUCACAGCCCUGGCCCCCAGUACCAUGAAAAUCAAGAUUAUUGCUCCCCCAGAGCGGAAGUACUCGGUCUGGAUCGGAGGCUCCAUCCUGGCCUCUCUCUCCACCUUCCAGCAGAUGUGGAUCAGCAAGCCAGAGUAUGAUGAAGCAGGACCCUCCAUCGUCCACAGGAAGUGCUUCUAAAGUCAGAACAGAUUCUCUGGGGGUCUCCUUGAGACUGCUCUGUUAACAAUCAUGAAACAUUAAAACCUGCAAGCCUUA